AUGUUCCAGAUUUUUCAAUGCACAUUGAUACGCCGAUGUUUGAAUCGUAAUCUAUUACUUAAAUCUAUUCGACUAAACACAACUAGCAGUGCAACAAAAAUACGUAAGAAUAUCCCAAAGAAAAAAAUAGGUGCUCAAAAUCUACGUAGAACCGAUUCGAAACUUCAACAUGAAUCAACAAGCUAUAUCGUUUCCCUUUUGAACGAAAAUCGAGCGGAAAAUAGUCCAUCAAAGAUAUUGGAGAAACAUUUGUCAAUUGUAACAUCAGUGACUGUUGGUGGUGCUAUCAAUUUAGAGAAGGCUCUUUGCGCAAUUGAUUCAUAUGAUCACCAAGUAAUUAUACCAGAGGAAGUAUUGAGUGUAAAAACUACAGGAAGCAAUUUGAUGAUACUAUCGAACGGGACAUUAGUUGGUUGGAAUAUGACUGAGGAAGAUAUUGUUUCCAAUUUUUUGCCCCAGUUGAAAAAUUCAAUUGAAUCUCAAUUUGACGUUUUUGAAAGUGAGGAAAUAGAUUGGAUUGAAUUAAAAGAGGUUUCCGAUCGUCCUUUGAACAAUGGUAAUAGUUAUUUACAUGGAGAAAUCUUGGUAGUACAAGGGUUGACCGAAAAGGAAAGACUAUUAGAUAUGGCUGCUUUUGCAAUUGGGUUGAGUCGGUCAACCAGGUUAUCCAUAUUGGAAACUCAGUUGGACGGGUUUUUAGAGUUGACAAAACAAAACUCGGAUAGAUUAGCUAAUGGGAAACGGCUAAUUACUACUGAGCAUGAGUUUCUCAAGAUCACAGGAAAGUUAUACCAACUUCGAGGGAAAUUAAACUUGUACUCAGAAUUGAUUGAUACUCCGGAUCUAUACUGGACCGAACCUUUUUUGGAAAAAAUUUACAAUUCUGUUUCAAAAAUUUUAGAUAUAAACUCGAGAAUUGCAAUAAUGAAUAGGAAAUUGGACUAUGCUACAGAAGAACAAAGAGCUUUCCUUAGUGUUUUGAACGAAAAGAAAUCAACACGUUUAGAAUGGAUCAUCAUAUUGUUGAUUAUGAUCGAAGUUGGGUUCGAAAUGUUCCAUUUUUAUGAGAAAUACGAAGAAAACAAACAACAGAGUGUGCAAAGUGUAGAUGAAUAG